UCAGUGAUGUCACCCACCUAGCAGGCUUUUAGCACUCAAAGGCACUACUUUAAUGGUUCGAUAGGGGUAUUAUAGUAAUCUCGAGUGCUGUUGUAAAUGGCAUCGGCGUCGACUUUUUUCUCGGUCUCAAGCUUACCCUCGCAAAACCCGAUUUUGUCCUUCAUCUCUUUCUCUCCUUCGCUCUCUCAGAUUGCACGGAGACCCAUCGCUCUCGUUUCCGGGGCACACAGGACUCGACGGAGACCACGUCGGAAGCUUCCGGAGAAGGGCAUGUCCUUCGCCGUUCCUAUUCCGGUGCCGGAGCCGUCUCACCGGCUGGAAAAGGAAGACGAUCCCCUUUUAGAUUCCAGAAUCGGUGCAGGAAAAGGGGAUAUGCUAGUGACAAAUAUGGAUGAAGAGACGUCCUCUUCUACUCAAACUGCUCUGCGCAAGAACAAAUAUAGAAUGAGUCGUGUAAAAUGCUUUGGGGUGGAUUUGUCCCCUGAUAAUGUUGCAGUUGCUAUGGUAUAUUUUGUACAAGGUGUUUUAGGCCUUGCGAGGCUUGCAGUCAGUUUUUACUUAAAGGACGAUUUGCAUCUAGAUCCUGCAGAGACAGCUGUCAUAUCUGGUUUUUCUGCAUUACCAUGGCUUAUCAAGCCUCUGUAUGGGUUUAUUAGCGAUUCCGUCCCACUUUUUGGUUACCGAAGAAGGUCAUAUCUGAUUUUAUCAGGACUUCUUGGUGCAUUCUCAUGGAGUUUGAUGGCCACUUUUGUCGACAGCAAGUAUGAUGCUGCUUUCUGCAUACUUCUAGGAUCACUUUCUGUAGCUUUCUCUGAUGUUGUUGUAGAUUCAAUGGUUGUCGAAAGGGCUCGUGGUGAAUCACAAAGCAUGUCUGGGUCUCUCCAGUCUUUGUGUUGGGGAUCCUCGGCUUUUGGUGGAAUUGUGAGCUCCUACUUUAGUGGCUCCCUGGUGGAAACUUAUGGUGUAAGGUUUGUUUUUGGUGUCACGGCUUUGCUACCACUGAUUACUUCUGCGGUUGCUGUUCUUGUAAAAGAGCAGCCUGUGCUUCCAGCAAGAGGGCAUAAUCUUCCUAUGGCCAGUCUUAGCUUUCUUGAAAGCUCAAAACAGAACAUUAUUCAGUUGUGGGACGCUGUCAGGCAGCCCAGUGUACUUCUUCCAACAAUAUUUCUAUUCCUGUGGCAGGCAACACCACAGUCAGACUCUGCCAUGUUUUACUUCACCACAAAUAAACUUGGUUUCACACCAGAAUUCUUGGGGCGUGUCAAGCUUGUUACGUCAGUGGCGUCACUGGUUGGUGUUGGACUGUAUAAUGGAUUUCUAAAGAAUGUUCAGUUGCAGAAGAUUUUUCUUGUAACAACGGUUUUUGGUUCAGCUCUUGGGAUGACUCAGAUUUUCCUUGUAACGGGAUUGAAUCGGAAGUUUGGUAUAAGUGAUGAGUGGUUUGCGAUUGGGGAUUCUUUGAUUUUAACAGUUCUUGGUCAGGCUUCUUUCAUGCCUGUUCUUGUGCUGGCAGCGAGAUUAUGUCCAGAGGGAAUGGAAGCCACACUUUUUGCAACACUCAUGUCCAUAUCAAAUGGAGGAAGCGUUGUUGGGGGGCUAAUAGGUGCUGGUCUGACCCAGGUUUUUGGUGUUACUAAAGACAGAUUUGACAACUUAACCUAUUUGAUAAUCCUUUGCAAUUUGAGCUCAUUAUUGCCUCUGCCGCUCCUUGGCCUCCUUCCACGGGAUAAUCCUGAUGCCAGCAAGGAGAUUGAAGAUAUUGAGAUGAAGUCUAAUUAAUUAAGUUUUAAUUGUUUGGUGGAAUCUCCACCCAUCGUAGGUUAGAUGCAUCAUCCUGUGAUGAUCUUCUUUGAGCCCUUGACAGAACUGAAAACUUUUUGCGCCACUGUUGCUCACAAGACAGAUAGAGAGUUUGUAAAUAUUACGCGAUGCUUUUCAUGCUAUUUUCUGUAUGAAAUGAAAUUUCAAGGUUGA